AUGAAGUCCUUGAACAUACUGGCAACCGGCCUCUUUAGCUUUGCCGUCCAGGCCGCAGUGCCUUCCAGUGGCACUGCUGAGGCUAAGACGGCGCUGAUCAAGGAAUUGCUCACACCUCAGCUCUCCGAGAACGCCACCAUUGUCUUCCCCGGCUCCCCAGAAUGGUAUGAUGUUACCCAUCGUGCUGCUGCUCCCCGUUUACACCCAGGCUAUCUCGCCGUUGUCGACGUAGCUGCCGAAGACGAUGUCGUGAAUACGAUCAAAGUCGCCAACGAGAUCGGAGUCCCGUUCCUAGCUGUCACCGGUACCCACGGCUGGACCGACGAUAUUAGCAAGAUCCAGGGCGGAAUUCAGAUCCGCAUGCGUGGCCUCAAUCAAGUCGGUCUCGGCCCCAACAACGACACUGCAUAUGCCGGCGGUGGUGUCAUUCAAUACGAAGUCGUCCAGGGUCUUUAUCCGUAUGGAAAGCAAGCUGUCCAUGGUCUCUGCGAGUGCGUCUCCAUCAUGGGUCCCCUCCUGGGUGGUGGUCACAGCGUACUCCAGGGUGAACACGGUUUCGCUGCUGACAACUUGGUCUCGGCUAAAGUCGCGCUCCACAACGGUACUGUUGUUACUGCCUCAGCCACUGAAAACGAAGAUCUCUUCUGGGGCCUUCGUGGUGCUGGUCACAACUUGGGUAUUGUCCUUGAGUUCGAGGUUAAGGCUUAUGACAUCCACCCGGAUCCAUGGACCUUCACGACGCUCGUAUAUGAGGCCGAUAAGAUCGAAGAGUACUUCGAAGCCUGGAACAAGCUCGAGGACACAAUUGCUGACCCCGGUCUGGUUGUCCUGAACGGUUACUACCGCAACUUGCCCGAUAUCAAAGCUGGAAAGCCUCUUCUUGUCAUGGAUCUUAUCUACCAGGGCUAUGACACCGCUGCUCCCCAGUACCUUGAGGCCUACCGUGCUAUCGGCCACAUCCAUGAGGAGACUAUCACCGAUAUUUACUGGAACAAACUCUUUGACGUCACCAAUUUCGGUCGUGACGACCGGGUCUGUGUCACUAGUCAGAAUUGGGGCGGCUAUGUCAACUCCAUUGUCCGCUGGGAGCCCGCGUCCAUGCGUGAAAGCUACAACAUUUUCGCUGAUCUUGUCGCCAUUGAAACCUACAACACCUCUACCUUCAUCUUCGAGUCCUAUGGUCGCAAGGGUGUCCGCGACUUGCCCGAUGACUUGAACGCUGUCCCACCGGAGGAGCGCAACAAGCACAACAUGCUGGCUGCCUUCUUGUUCUGGUCCGGUGAUAACAAGACUGAGCUCGCUGUUGCCCGCGAGUUCGGAGAGAAGCUCCAACUUUCCAGCCGCAAUGGUGAGAUUACUCACUCUUACGUCAACUACGCCAUAGGUGGUGAGGAGCUUCCGCAGGUAUACGGCCGUGACGUUGAUCGUCUGCAGAAGCUCAAGGCCAUCAAGACCAAGUUUGAUCCUUACAACAAGUUUGGAUUCUAUGCUCCCCUCACAGGCGCUUGA